GUCUAAGAUUCCAAGAAGAUGCCAUUUGGUUGUAACAAUUAGUGGGUGACGACAUAGCCUUCAGCAAACGCCGGAGAGGGGUGGGGCGGAAGGCGCUGCUGUGUGGGGCACCCCUCCCCCCUUAUGCACACACUCACUCCCUCUCUCUCUUCAUACAUUUAUACCCCUCCUGCAGGCUUUCUUCUUCUUCUCCCAAAAAACAUAAACUCUCUUCUCUCUCUCUAGAAAAAAAAAAAGAAGAAGAGGAAAGGAAAAUGAGAAUGAGCUGCAACGGGUGCCGAGUCCUCCGGAAGGGUUGCAGUGAGAGCUGUACCCUAAGGCCAUGCCUCCAGUGGAUCAAGACCCCCGAGUCCCAGGCCCACGCCACCGUCUUCCUCGCCAAGUUCUACGGCCGCGCCGGCCUCAUCAACCUCAUCAAUGCCGGCCCCGAUCACCUCCGCCCCGCGAUUUUUAGGUCAUUGUUGUACGAGGCUUGCGGGCGGGUCAUCAACCCGAUAUACGGGUCGGUCGGGUUAAUGUGGGGCGGCAAUUGGGAUCGGUGCCAAGAAGCGGUGGAAGCGGUUCUUAACGGUACGGAGAUCAGGCAACUCACCGCGGAAGACGGCGGCGCCGCCGAGUCACACGCCGUCACGCCCUUCAAGGUCUGCGACAUACGUCACAUCUCCAAGGAGCCGCCCGCCGCGGUCCACCGGGCGAGGUCCAGGAACCGGUUCAAGCGGACCGGACCGGUUCAGGGCAGAUCGGUCGACGCGAUGGCGACGGAGGAGCCGACGAGGUUCAGCCUCUCCGGGUGGGGGUUCGACGGGUCGGAGGGAAGCGUCGGGUUGGAGCGGGCCCCGAGUAACGGGUCGACCACGCUGGAAACGGUCGAGCAGUACUAUGCGAACCGGGACGAACCGGGUGGCGGUUCGGGGAACGAGGCCGGAAACGAGCUGCUCCUGGACCUCACUCUGGGGGUUUGAUUCAGUGGAGCGCAUCCCCACCGCUCCACGGUGGACGAGCAUAAAAGUAGGUGACGUGUGAGGAAGGAAGAAAAAGAAAGAGUCCGUUACGUC